AGGGUGAAAGGUCAGGCGCGCGCCGGCGCACUUCCAACAUGGCGGCGGCCGGGGCGGCGGCGCGCAGCCCGGGAUCCCCGGCUGGCUCGGCGGCCGGAGUCCCGCGCCCGCCCCCGCGGCGGGCCUGGCGGCUGCCCGCGCUGCUCGUCCUGCUGGCGGCGGCGGGGCCGGGGGCCGGCGCGGCCCGGCUGUACCGCCCGGGCGAGGACGCCGUGUGGGUGCUGGACAGCGGCAGCGUGCGCGGGGCCACCGCCAACAGCUCGGCCGCGUGGCUCGUGCAGUUCUACUCCUCGUGGUGCGGCCACUGCAUCGGCUACGCGCCCACCUGGCGCGCCCUGGCCGCCGACGUGCGAGACUGGGCGGCUGCCAUCCGCGUCGCUGCCCUGGACUGUGCAGACGAGAAGAAUCACGAGGUGUGCGGGGCCUACGACGUCCACUUCUACCCCACCUUCCGGUAUUUUAAAGCAUUCGCCAAGGACUUCACAACUGGAGAAAAUUUUAAAGGGCCGGACCGAGAGCUACAGACAGUGCGACGCACGAUGGUCGACUUCCUGCAGAACCACUCAGCCGAGCACCGGCCGCCCGCCUGCCCGCCGCUGGAGCCCCUCCGCCCCAGCGACGUCCUCUCCCUCCUCAGCCAGCGCGACGACCGCUACGUGGCCAUUCUGUUUGAGAGCAGCGGCUCCUAUGUUGGGCGUGAGGUGAUCCUGGACCUGGUUCCGUUCGAGAACAUCUUGGUGAGGAGAGCACUGGACACUGACGCGGCACUCCUGGGCUCGCUGGGCGUUUCCCCCGUCCCCUCGUGCUACCUGAUCCACCCGAACGGGUCUCACGGGCCGGUUGCCAUCGGGAAGCCCCUCCGGUCAUUUUUUUCUUCCUAUUUGAAGUCAUUGCCUGGUGUGAGGAAGAAAUUGCUUUUGUCACCUGAAAAGCAAAACAGAGAAGAAUCUUCGGAAGUUGUGGUGUGGAGAGAAUUUGACAGGUCGAAGCUAUACACGGCGGACCUCGAGUCGGGCCUGCACUACCUCCUGCGCGUGGAGCUGGCCGCCCACCGGUCCCUGGCCGGAGCUGAGCUAAAGGCACUCAAGGAUUUUGUGACUGUCCUGGCCAAGCUGUUCCCCGGCCGGCCGCCCAUCAGGAAGCUGCUGGAGAUGCUGCGGGAGUGGCUGACCAGCCUGCCCCUGGACAGGAUCCCCUACAACGCCGUCCUCGACCUGGUCAACAACAAGAUGCGGAUCUCUGGAAUAUUCCUCGCCAGCCAGAUCAAGUGGGUUGGCUGUCAAGGCAGUUGGCCCGAGCUGAGGGGCUACACGUGUUCUCUCUGGAAGCUGUUCCACACCUUGACUGUCCACGCUGCGGCCCACCCGGAAGCCCUGGACGGCACAGGGCUGGAGGGCGACCCCCAGGCGGUGCUGCAGGCCAUCAGGGCCUACGUGCGCACCUUCUUUGGCUGCAAGGAGUGCGCCGAGCACUUCGAGGAGAUGGCUGCCGAGUCCUUGGGCUCUGUGAAAACUGCAGACCAGGCAGUUCUCUGGCUCUGGAGGAAGCAUAACCUGGUGAACCACCGCCUGGCAGGCCACCUGAGUGAGGACCCCAAGUUCCCAAAGGUGCCGUGGCCAACCCCGGACCUCUGCCCGGCCUGCCACGAGGAAGUCAAGGGCCUGGACAGCUGGCAUGAAGACCAGGUGCUCCUGUUCCUGAAGCGGCACUACGGCGGCGACAACCUCGUCCACACGCAUGCUGUGGGCCUGGGCAACGCCGGCCCAGGGGGCAGCCCGGCUGAGACUGAGGCGCAAGGACAAGACCGCGCCUCCCCGGCGAGGCCCCGUGGGGGCCCGGGUGCCGAGAGCCUGCGCCCGCCCAGCCUGCUGUCCCCCGGGCCCCCGCUCAGGCUGGCCGGGCCCGCAGGCCGCGGGGAGGCGGAGGCGGCCGUGCCCGUGCUGGGGUCUGGCUUCUCCAGCCUGGACAUGAGCCUGUGCGUGCUGCUCUACGCGGCCUCCUCCCUGUUCCUCAUGGUCAUGUACUUUUUCUUCCGAGUGCGAUCCAAGCGGUGGAAGACCCGGCAUCACCACCCGGCCGUGUAGCGCCCCUGGCCCCGGCGCCUAGCCAGGCCCCGCUCGCCGCUGUGACCAGAGCCGGCCUUCGCGGCCUCAGGCUGCCCCCACCCCACGGCACCUGCUCCUUCCACGUCCUCCUGUGCAAACGCUCGUCUGCCCCAAACACCCGGCACGCCACACGCCGCGUUCCGGCCACUCGUGGUGCCCUUCCCAGCGGGCCCCCUGCCGCUCCCGCGGGUCUGAGCUGGGGGGGCGUCCGCCAAACGGCCAGGCCUCCCCCAUCGCGGCGCCUCCAUGGCCUGGACGCUGCCCCCUCGGGGGCCUGGCUCGGACUGGGCUGCUUCGUGCCUUUGUUUGUUGCUCGGUCUGGGGGCAGGGUACCCGUCCUGGCGCCGUCCUCCGGGCUCUGGUAGGUGGGUGGGUGUGCACCCCGUGGGCAGCGCCGGGCCCGGGAGCAGUGUGAGGCGGACACCUGAUGCGGUCACUGCGUGCUCACUUCCAGCUCCAGGGCAGACGAACCCCGCCUGGCGCGUUCACACGGAGCCCCUCUGUGGCCUCCAGCCGCACCAGCCCCGGGGCGCGCGUAUGCCUGUGUGUGUGGCAGCGUGUGUGUCCGUGUGCAUGUGCCGUGUGUAAUGGUGCAUGUGCCCGUGUGUCCAUGGGCACGGCGUGUGGCUGUGGCGGCUGUCGGGCGUGCUUCCCGCUCCACUUUCACGCGCGAGUUGCUGGCUGCGGGGGCCGCGUGUCGCGCUCGCAGGCCCCGUCGUGCUCCUGCUGCCGCCGGGAGGGGCCCCCGUCGGCCCC